AUGGAGAAGUAUGGACCCAUCUGCUUCACCAAGAUUCUUGGAGUGAACGACGAAGAAGACGUUCCUGCCAAGGAGAGCGUGUCUCUUGCCAUCGGCGAGAACCCUCGAAAUGCGUCGCUCACGUUACCCCCAGCGCCAACGGCACCUGGAGGACCGUUGGGCCUUGCCAUGCUGACUAGGAACUUUUGGCGUCCUGGUCGUGAACUCAAGAUUGGCUUCCAAGGUGGCUCUACUUGGCAGAAGGACAAAGUCAAGCAGCAUGCUCCAGAGUGGACCAAGUUUGCCAACAUCAAGUUCACUUUUGUCGACUCUGGAGAAGUGGACAUCCUCAUCGCAUUUCACCCCGCCAAAGGUUCUUGGUCCUACCUGGGUACGGACUGCUCCUGGUUCAGCUCCAGGAACCAACCGUCUAUGAACUUGGGUUGGAUCAACGACAGCAAGUCUGAAGAUGAUCUUCGUUCCGUCAUUCUUCAUGAGUUUGGUCACGCGCUUGGGGCCGUCCAUGAGCACGAGAGUCCGUAUGCCCAGAUCCCAUGGAACAAGGACCAGGUCUACAAGGAUCUCGGCGGCCCGCCCAAUGGGUGGGACAAGACGAAGGUGGACCAGAACAUGUUCACCCUGUACACCCUUGAGAAGACUCAAGCUACGGACUUUGACCCGGAUAGCAUCAUGUUGUACUACUUCCCUGCCAGCUGGACCACCAAUGGAAAGGGUACUACUUACAACACCAAGUUGUCCAAGUCUGAUCAGGAGUACGUCAAGUUCUGCUAUCCUGCUGAUGACUACGACGCAGGGCAAUUCUCCACCAUGGAGGUUCGCCCCUGGGACAAGCCACACAUGGAUAACAACAAUGUCAUCUUCUACCGGCAAAAGUAUGAUGCAGUGCCACAGAUUCCUGUUGGCAUAACGUCUUUUGACAUCAGUCAAAGUGCCAACAUACGCAUCAGAGCUCUUGCCAGUGAUGCAACUAACGAAAAGUUCAAAGCGUCUCUUCAGAGUUGGGCCGACACCACGCUCUACUCUGCGUCUAUGACCUUCCUGGAGCAAAGCUCACGCUUCAGCUACAUCCAGACGGGCGUGUUCAACACCCAGGAAAUUCGUCCAUGGAACCAGCCGCAGCUGACCCAAUCCAAGAGGAUCAACUUUGCAACUCCAUUCAAGGCCCCUCCCAAGGUCAUCACCUGGCUGCAGUCUUUGGACAUGGACAAGAACAAGAACUGGCGCAUCAAGGUGUACCCUACUGACAUCGACAACGAAGGCUUUAUCAUCCACGCCGACUCGUGGAGUGACUCAAUCCUCUACAGUGCCGGGGUUACCUGGCUGGCCUACCCUGCCGAUCAGCCCGGAGUAGCAAGCGGCAAGUUCAGCACGGAGGAUAUUCGUCCGUGGAAUCGCCCGCAGGCUGAGAACUCCAGCGUCUUUAGCUUUUCCAAGGCAUUCAACAAGACUCCCAAGGUCAUCAUGGCCCUUGACUCGCUCGACUACGACCACAAUAAGAACUUACGUGUCCGGCUGAGCACUUCCUCGGUCACCAGCACGGGAAUUACUUGGCAUCUUCAGAGUUGGUGGGACUCGGUCAUGUAUAUGUCUGGAGCUUCGUUCUUUGCUUGGACUUGA